ACAUGAGUCAUUUUGAAAUUAAGUUGUCGUUUUGGACCUAAAACUUUUUUAAGUUAUGUUUUGUGGACGUCUGGUCCUUUUCCCAUAUUUAGGGUUUUUCUAGCAGACUUGUUAGUUAUUUCUUAACAACUUCGAACUCCUGCAAGCGAACUACUUCCAGUCUUCAAUGGAGUCCAACGGAAACGAAGAACUGUCCCGAAUUAUCGAUGAGCUCAAGUCGCUGAAGACUGAGAAGAGCAAUAUCGAGCAUCGAAUAUCGGCUCUUGAAGCUCAGCUCCGCAAAAUUAAGGUCAAAAAGGACGAUGAGAUGCCCAAUUCAAACGGCUCGUGCACUUCCACAGUCAAAUCUUUCGUCGAUUCAAGCUUCGGACAUGGUUUGUCUCCGAAUAUGAUCUACAGAUACAGCCGCCACCUCUUGCUCCCUUCCUUCGGUGUUCAAGGGCAGUCAAAUCUUGUCAAGUCUUCGAUUUUAGUUGUUGGAGCUGGAGGUUUGGGAGCACCAGCUCUGCUUUAUCUUGCCGCUUGCGGUGUUGGUCGAUUAGGUAUUGUUGACCAUGAUAUAGUUGAGCUUAACAACCUGCACAGGCAGAUAAUCCACACUGAAGCGUAUAUUGGGUGGUCAAAAGUAGAAUCUGCUGCUGCUGCUUGUCGCUCGGUUAACUCCACCAUUCAGAUUGUGGAACACAAGGAAGCUUUUCGCACAUCCAAUGCCUUGGAGAUCAUGAGCAAAUAUGAUAUAGUUGUGGAUGCAACGGACAAUGUUCCUAGCCGCUACAUGAUCAAUGAUUGCUGUGUUGUUUUGGGAAAGCCACUUGUAUCUGGUGCUGCACUGGGAAUGGAAGGGCAGCUCACAGUUUAUAAUUACAAUGGAGGUCCAUGCUACCGAUGCCUUUUUCCAGUUCCGCCACCUACCACAGCAUGUCAAAGAUGCUCCGACAGUGGAGUUCUAGGAGUAGUUCCCGGUGUCAUUGGCUGUCUCCAAGCCCUAGAAGCUAUAAAGAUUGCAAGCGUCAUUGGUGAACCCCUCUCUGGACGGAUGCUACUUUUUGAUGCACUGUCAGCCCGGAUCCGAAUCGUCAAGCUCAGAGAAAGGUCUUCGCAGUGCAAAGCUUGUGGAGAAAAUGCAGCACUAACCCAACAGCAAUUCCAAAAUUUUGACUAUGAGAAAUUUACUCAAUCUCCCCUAUCCACGUCUCCAUUGAAGUUAAACCUGCUUACACCUACUGCUAGAAUAAGCAGCAAAGAGUACAGUGAGAAAGUUGCCGGCAGAGAAGCACAUAUACUAGUUGAUGUACGACCAACGCACCACUAUAAGAUUGUUUCUCUUCCCAAUUCCAUGAACAUCCCACUUCCGACUCUUGAGGAUAGGUUGCCUGAAAUAUCUUCAGCCUUGAAGAAAGAGGAAGAGCGACGGGGUGUUAAUACCGGUUCAAGCGCUUGUCUGUAUGUAAUUUGUAGAAGAGGCAAUGAUUCACAGAGGGCUGUUGAAUGCCUUCACAAGAUGGGUUUGACUUCAGCUAAGGAUAUCAUUGGUGGCUUGGAGACAUGGGCCCAUGAUGUGGAUCCGAACUUCCCUACCUACUAGCAAAUAGGAUCUCAUCCUGACCAGGGAAGGAUAAACAUCAAAACUGUCUUCCUUUUGGGGUGCACGUAUUUGUCAUUUUCAGAAGUUGUUUAUACUACAAAAUUAAGCAGAUAGAAGAGACUUUCAUCGCUCUUGUGAUGCAGAUGUAUUUUCUUUUCUCACAGCUCUUGUGAUUCCCAUGUAUUUUAUUUUAUUUUAUUUUAUUUUUUGGAAAAAAGCUCGAGUUUGCCGCUUACUUAGUUGCACUGAUAAUUAAGUUAAAUUAUUCGGAUUUGAU